CUUUGUGCUACAUAUUCCAUACUCCAUUCAUUCUGGUUGAGGCAACAUGAGAGCUACAAUCAAAUCUGCAGCUACAAUGAUCUCCAGAGCAUUCUUUCUAUUUCUAGUCUUCAUGGCUACAGCAUCAUUCGCUCUUGUAGAGAAAAAAACAUACAUAGUUCACAUGGACCAAACAAAGAUGAUGGCCUCAAAUCCCCAACAAUGGUACAAAGAUUUGAUGGAUUCCGUCUAUGACCUAUCAAUUGAAGAAGAAGAAGAAGAUGACACAACACCACCUGAUCUCCUUUACACCUAUGAAAAUGUUGUUUCUGGUUUUGCAGCAACGCUUUCCACAAAACAACUUGAGUCCUUGAAGAAAAUGGAUGGCUUUCUCUAUGCCAAUCCUGAUAGAAAGCUAAGCCUCCACACCACCUACACUCCUCAGUUCCUUGGCCUGCAAUCUGCCAACGGACUAUGGAGUGCCUCCAACUUAUCUUCCGACAUGGUAAUUGGAGUGGUUGAUACUGGAAUUUGGCCUGAACACAGGAGCUUCCAUGACUCGGGCAUGCCUCCAGUGCCAGCUAAAUGGAAAGGCAAAUGUGAGAACGGCAAAAUGUUUUCAUCAUCAAAUUGCAACAAGAAGCUAAUUGGGGCGAGAUAUUUCUACAAAGGGUAUGAAGCAUCUCACGGUAAAAUUAAUCAGACAGUUGAUUUCCUGUCCCCUCGGGAUAACGGUGGCCAUGGGACACACACAGCCUCGACUGCAGGAGGCAGUGUUGUAGACGAGGCAAGUUUAUUUGGCUUCGCGAGUGGCUCAGCAAGUGGUAUGAUGUACACUUCAAGAAUUGCUGUUUACAAAACGUUGUGGGUAAAAGGUGGUGUAAAUAGUGAUUCACUGGCAGCUAUGGAUCAAGCUGUUGCUGAUGGUGUUGAUAUACUCUCUCUCUCUUUGGGAGGUGACGAAGCUGUGCCUUAUUAUGUGGAUGAUACAACCAUAGCUGCAUUUGGGGCUAUCGAAAAAGGGGUUUCUGUUGUAUUCUCUGCUGGCAAUGACGGUCCAUCUAUUCUCACUGUAGCCAAUACUGCGCCGUGGAUCAUGACAAUUGCAGCUAGUUAUGUAGAUAGGAGCUUCACAGCAACCGUGAAGCUUGGAAAUGGCCUAUCAUUUCAAGGUUCAUCACUAUCUCAAAGCAAAUCAACCAUGCACUUUCGGCUUGUGUAUGGAACAACAGCAGGUGGUAAAAGAGCGGAUUAUUGUAUUCCAGGAUCACUCGAUCACAAUCUUGUCAAAGGAAAGAUUGUAGUUUGCCGAGGUGAUUUUGGUUACACUACAGGAGAGACAGUGAAAUUGGCAGGUGGAGCUGGAAUGCUGCUAAUCAAUCCUAAAUCUAGAGGCGAAGAACAAUUUGCUGAUCCACACGUUCUACCAACCAUUGCCUUAGGUUUCUCAAAAGGUAAAACCAUAUUUAAAUAUUUAAACUCAUCUGAAAAACCAACAGUAUCCAUUACCUUUGAGGGGACCGUGUAUGGUACUCGUGCACCCAUGAUUGGAGCGUUUUCAUCAAGAGGACCGAAUAAAGUUGACCUUAAUGUGAUUAAGCCUGAUGUGACUGCACCGGGAGCAAAUAUCUUAGCUGCGUGGCCGCCCAUAGUAAGCCCAAGUCAGCUCACGAGUGAUAAGAGAAGUGUUGAGUUCAAUAUCAUUUCAGGCACCUCAAUGUCCUGCCCCCAUGUCAGCGGCCUAGUUGCACUACUCAAGUCAGUUCAUAAAAAAUGGUCUCCUGCUGCGAUUAAAUCAGCCCUCAUGACAACUGCUUACAAUAUGGACAACAAGAAUACUCCCAUCGUUGAUGCAUAUGAUUUUGAACCAGCAACACCUUUCGCACUUGGUUCAGGCCACGUUAAUCCCCAAGCUGCUGUUGAUCCAGGCCUUGUCUAUGAUAUUACUGCUAAAGAGUAUCUACUCUAUCUGUGUAGCCUAAAUUACACUUCUUCUCAGAUCCAUGCAAUAGCAAGAAGAAGUUUUAUAUGUCCAAAAAAGUUUGCUUCUAAACCUGGUGACCUCAAUUACCCUUCCUUUGCGGUGAAUUUUGAAGGUAAAGCAAGAAAUGUUAGUUUGACCCACAAGCGGACAUUGACUAAUGUUGGGACACCCAAGAGUACUUACAUGGUGCACCUAGAGGAACCUAAUGGAGUUGCCGUAGUUGUAAAGCCCAAUAUAUUGAAGUUCAAAAGGUUGGGUCAGAAAUUAAGCUACGAAGUUACGUUUAUUGGAUACAAAUCCUCGGAAGAUGCGGCGUACGGUUCUCUAGUGUGGGUGUCCGGAAAAUAUACAGUUAGGAGUCCCAUUGCAACAAUUUGGCUGUAGUUAUCGAACAAUGUUGCACUUGUUAAGCUGGAUGAUUUAAAAUAAGAGAGCUUCUAAGGAAGUACGGUUUCCUUGUAGUGAAAUGUUAUUGUACUGUACUGUUGAGAAGUGCUUAAUGCACAGCGUGUAUUUCUAGCUUGUUAUGUUUAGGUCAAAGUAACUAUUGUUUUUUGACAAUAAUGUGUCCUAGUCCGACAAUCCCAA